UUCAUGGCAAUAAAUAAUCCUUCCAUCAUUUUAUAUCUGACAUCUUCACCUUUUGUUCACAGGGAGGAAUAAAAUUUUUUUUCACCUCUAAUUUGGAAGUUAAGUAAAUAACAAAAUGAAGCCAGUAAAGCAUCUGUUGUCCUCUAGUAAUAAACUGGCAAGUGUUUCAGAAUUAAGUUACAAAAAAGGAUUACUUAAUUCACCAUUAUCACCUAAACCAAAGGAGAAACAAAGUUCAAAAUUAGUACGUGAUAAACUUGAACCAAUGGUCUUAAGAUCUCCACCAACAGGAGAAUCCGUUGUGAGGUAUGCUUUGCCCAUUCCAUCAAGUAAGACGAAGGAGUUAAUAGCAGAAGAUGAACUGCUCAGGAAAAUUACCAAACAUCUGAAGACGGUUGUUUCUACUCUGGAAGAAACCUAUGGAAUUUGUAAUGGAAAUGUGGAAAAACCAGUUGUGAAGUCCGAACAUGAAGAAUUAUCUUUAUCUGUUGGGGAUGAUCUAAAUUCAUUCUUGGUAUGUUGUUCGCAAUUUGCAACUCAGUUAGAAGGAGCAGUUAAAGAGGAACAUCAUAUUUUGGAAUCCCUUUUUAAGUGGUUUCAACGACAGGUCAAUCAAAUGGAAGAGAUAAGUAAAGAUCAAAGUUUUUCAGAAGCAGAGUUUCCAGCACCCGAUAAAGCAGUCACUUUAAGCAUUUCACAAAUAGUAAAGCAAGUGCAAAAACUUGAAGAACUGAAAAAGCGCCUUAAAGAAGAAUCCAAAUACUCCUUGAAAGCCAUGCUAUCUAAGCCCAAGGAUAGUGAAAAUCCAUCAGAAGUAGCGCAAAGUUAUGAAAAUAUACAGCAGAAAAUUGAAGAAUUUAUAAAAACCCAUUCAACUGAAGAAUUUAUGGAUGUUUCUGCAACCGAGCCACAAACUACAUAUUCAAUACCUAAUCGAUUGAAUGCCAUCUUGAAAAUAUUUGAGAAACAGUCAAAUACGUUAGAGAGAACUAAGAAUGAUAAAACUUUGUUAGAAACUAAAUACAAACAGAUACAAAAUGAUUUCCAAGUGCUGUCAGAGGAGAAAUUGGCGCUGGAACAUGAACUACAAAAGUUGAGGAAUACAGAGACAACAAAGCCUACAUAUGAUGGAACAAAGAAAACUGUGAAAAUGGAGAAGAAAAAAGCCAAAGAGAAGUCUGAGGAUUCAGAAGCGAAAAAGUCUUCAGUCAAAGAGCUUAAAAUGGAAGAUUUCCUUAAAGCCCAGAAAACAGCACAUGCUCUGGAAACUGAGAAUAAAGUUCUUCAGGAACAACUGAAACAAGCAUUACAGGAAUCUGAAAAAGCUAAGCAUCAACUGAAAUAUUUCCUAAAUCAAGGGGAAUUACUUAAAAGUGACAGGAAGAUCAAGACAACAAUGGAAAAGAGUAUUAGUAAAACAGAAGUUAAAGGUGAAGAUUCAAAAUCUAUACCAUUGGAGAAAGAAACAAGGAAAGCACAAGUUGCAGAUUCUAGUGGACUAAAGACAAAUGCUAAAAUCCAAGAAUAUUCACAGGAGAUGUAUCAGCAACAUACUGCUACUCAAGAUGUUUGAAAUUUGUUUUCUUCUGGGAUGUUUAUGGUUUCU